GGGACAAUAAGAUUCUGUGAUAGUUUUCUUCGAAUCGAAAGACCGAUAAUCAGAGAGGCUCACAAGAAAUUUGACAUCAGAUGGAAUAUGCAUGGAGAUGCAGGCCUUAUGAUGUGAACUUCUGAUGCCUGAGAGAUAAAAUGCAACGAGGUGUCCCUGUCAUGUAUUUUGGAAAGAAACAGAAUUUUACCUCAUCUUCUGCUGAGAGGAUGGAUGAAGCACCCUCAUUCUCUGGGGACUCUUGUGACACGUCUGUCAUCAAAGGUCAGAAGGCUCAAUUGUCUAAAGCACCCUCAAAUUCAAAACAUCCUACUAUUCUUCCCAAUAGUGAUAUAGAUGGGCUCUUGGAGUGUCCUGUCUGCAGUAAUUCAAUGUUUCCACCUAUACAACAGUGUCCCAGUGGUCAUACCCUAUGCUCAGCCUGUAAGAACAGAGUUAACAACAAGUGCCCAAUUUGUCGAAAGGAAAUUGGCAACAUAAGAUGCCUGGCACUUGAGAAGCUUGCAGUUUCGCUCCACUUGCCUUGUUCUUAUCAGUGCCUUGGUUGUGAGGAGAUGUUUCCUUAUUAUAGCAAGCUGCAGCACGAAGAACAAUGUAUCUAUAGGCCAUAUGAGUGCCCUCAUCCUGGUUCAGAUUGCCCCUUCACUGGGGACAUCCAGUCUCUUUUGUCACAUCUGAGAGAAAAUCACAAGGUGGACCUUCAAAAUGGCUGCACAUUUAAUCAUCGUUAUGUGAAGCAAGACCCAUGCUCAGUCGAUAAUGUUUCAUGGACACUAACACUUUUCAAUUGCUUCGGCCAGUACUUCUGCCUACACUUCGAAGCCUUCCUCCUAGGAUCUGAACCAGUGUACAUGGCUUUCCUUCGUUUCAUGGGCGAAGAAUCCGAGGCAAGGAAGUUUGGUUACUGUCUCGAGGUUGGAGGUAACGGGCGGAAGCUGAUGUGGCAUGGUGUACCUCGCAGCAUCAGGACCCAUCAUAGAAUUGUCCGUGAUAGCCAUGAUGGUCUCAUUGUUCAGAGGAGCAUGGCUCUCUACUUCUCUGGUGGAGAUCGGAAGGAAUUGAAGCUGAGAGUUACUGGCUACUUCUCUGGUGGAGAUCGGAAGGAAUUGAAGCUGAGAGUUACUGGCAGAAUAUGGAGGGAAGCGUAAUGGAAGUAUUAUUUUGUCGAUGAUAUUUUAAGACAGUUGCAAUUUGAUUAGAGCAACUUCAAAUCUUGGCAAAUGUAACUAUUUAGUAUAUGGGUCAAAUUUCUGGAACAUGAGUUUAGGAUUCUGGCUUUUGGAUGCAUUUUAUUGAC